AGUUUGCAUUUUCAUGGCUAAGAUAUAGGAAAAAGUACUGAAAAUAAAAGCUAUUACUCAAGAAAAAGACACCGCUCAGCAAGAACUAAAAGAUCCUCAACAAUGGCUGCCUCGUUAAUAGCUAAGACCGCCAUGUUCCAGCUCUCAAAAGCGUUCCCUCGAACCGUGUCUCUUCGUUCCUCCGCCAAUGUCUCACGAGUCUGCUUCACCACCACCGCUUCCAAACGCUCUGAGGGGAGAGACACCAAGGCUGGCUUUGCUUACAGGGAAAAAGAUAUCUCAUCCGAUGAAGACACCACCGCCGAAGAAGCUAUGGAAAGAGCAAAAGAAUACGCGCAUAACGCUAAGGAGAAAACGAAAGGAGCCUUUGAUACGGCGGCUGAUAGGGCAAAAGAUGCAACGAACAGAGCGGCGGAGACCGCACAAAGCGCCAACGAGAAAACAAAACAGAAAGCUAGAGAGUACGCGCAAGGGACCAAAGAGACUGCCCAAAGUGCUAAAGAUAAGACCAAAGAAGGGGCUGAUAAGGCAUCUCAAACUGCGUACGAGUUGAAAGAGAAAUCUAAAGAGAGAGCACAAGGGGUGAUGGAGAAGUCGGAGGAGAUAGCCGGUUCAGUUGCCGAUAAGGCGUCGGAGACCAUCCAAAAUGUUGGAGAGAAGGCAAAGCAAACUGCACAAGGAGCUUGGGAUGCUGCAAAGGGAACAACGCAAAAGAUAAAGGAAACUGUGGUUGGGAAGAGUGAGGAAGAGAAGAGGAUGGAUGAUGAUGUUGUGGAAUUGAGGAGGCGUGCUCGAAGAGAAAGCGAUGAGAGCAAGUAUUAAGGAGGAGUUUGAUGGGGGGUUUACGUGUUGUAUUUUACAAAUAAGUUUGGUUUUUAGUGUAAUGGUGGUUGAUCUUUACGUUUAUUUAAAGAAAAUAAAUUUUUAAAAAAUGAGUUAAGCAUAA